AUGGUCAAUGAACAGUUAGUAUUGCAGCUGUUUGGUCAGACUGUCAGCAGCGAUGCUAGCUCGAUCAAAUCUGCUGAACAACAGUUGUAUGAAUUGCACAAGGAGCCCGGAUUUCUUUCAUUUCUUUUGAGCGCAACUAGCAAUGAUCAAUUGCAAAUGCCUUUAAGAAUGAGUUGUGCUAUCUAUAUGAAGAAUAUGAUUCAAAGAAGCUGGAACUCUCGUAAAACUUUUGUAAUAUCACAAGAAGAGAAAGAAGCUGUAAAACCAGGUUUAAUCAACUCUUUAAUAGUUAAUUACGAGAAUAACCAUAUUAGACCACAUAUCACGGAUUCCAUUGGAGCUAUUUUGAAAUGGAGUGACGACUGGGUAUUUACUGAUCAAGUGGUUGAGUUAUUGCAAUCAGGCAAGCAAGAAUAUAUAUACCCUGCCCUCUUAUUGAUUUUUGAAGUCUGCAUUAAUCACAGGUGGGACAUGUAUGGAAACAGACAGUAUAUUGAUAACUUUGUUGAUACUGUAUUCCCGGUCAUGGAACAAAUCGCGGGACAACUAGUCAAUCAAGAAGAUCAUAAAUCCAAUGAAAUGUUGUAUUUGAUUUUAAAAUCCUUUAAAUAUGGCUGUUUGAACAAUUUCCCUAAUUAUUUCACAAACAUCGAUAAGUUAAACUCAUGGAUUCAAUUGCAUCUCUUCCUUUGCUCCAAGCCAUUACCAGCGGAAACGUUGGCUCUAGACUUGGCUGAUAGAUCUCUAGAUAAAAGAGUGAAGGUUAAUAAAUGGGCAUUUGGUAACCUCUACAAGUUCAUCUCAAAGUACAGCAGAACGACAAAGGCGAUUAAACAAGAAAUGGUAGAUUACGUCUUCCAAAACAUUGUUCCUACAAUUCUCCAGGAAUACUUCAAAGUAAUUGAACUAUGGGCAACCAAUAAAGAAUCCAUGUGGUUAAGUGAAUCUGCAUUAUACUAUUUAAUCCAGUUCUUAGAAAAGUGUGCCAUUGAAACUAAUUUAUGGGCCAUGAUUCAUCCCCACUUUGAGAGCAUUGUGAAUCACGUUAUAUUCCCAUGUCUCUGUGCAUCGGAGGCUUCGGUUGAGCUCUUUAAAGAAGAUCCUGAAGAGUAUACCAGGCGCUAUUUUGAUAUAAAUAAGGAAAGUUCAACAGCGGAUGUGGCAGCUACCGAUUUUAUUUUUGUUAUCGGUCAUAAGAGAAUAGAAGAAGUGAGUAAGUUGUUGCCACUAAUCAAUCAAGUCUUCGUUCAAUACCAACAGAAUGAUAACAUGCAAGCUGCAUUCCAAGAAGAGGGUGCACUAAGGAUGCUAUCAACCUUAUCUACAUUCCUCAAUUCAGACGCAAAUAUGUCAUUAGAUUUAGAGACUAUCUUUUCGCAUUUUGUUCUACCUCUCUUAAAUGAUAAGAAACAUCCAUUCCUUGUAGCCAGAGCUGCGGAAACUAUUUCAAUUCACCAAUCACCAUUUUCAGACAUGGGAAUUCUUUCCCAAAUCUUUGAGGGUGUUUAUGGUAAUUUUAUGCACAACGAAUGCCUACCAAUUCAAAUAGUCAGUGCUGAUGCAUUGAAGACGUUGGUGAUAUCAAAUCCUGAUAUCCAUUCACAUAUCAAAAAUCAGGCGCCCCAAAUUAUGGAGAGAUUAUUGAAAUUGUCUAAAGAAUUUGAAAUUGAUACCCUAAACGAAGUAAUGGAAGCAUUUGUGGAAAGAUUUGCUGAAGAGCUAACACCAUUUGCUAAUGAUCUUGCUCAAAACUUAGUUGAACAGUUCAUGCAACUAGGACAAUCCUUGAUUCAAAAUAGCAGCUCUGGAAACAAUAUAUCUGAUCAAGAUCAGGAGUUCCAAGCUUCUGGAAUGUUACAAACCAUGACCACAAUGGUUAUGUCUAUGAACAAGGUUUGUCUUGUAGAUAAAUUCCUACCAGUUGUGAAAUUUAUUGUCGUUAACGCACAAAUUAUAUUCUUGACAGAAAUUGUCGAUUUAAUGGAUGCUCUUGCUCUCAGCUCCAAGAGUCUGUAUAACGAGUUCACUCCUGGGGUCUGGGAAAUGGUUCACGAUGUCCUUGAUUCAUUCCAAACAUAUGCUCUAGACUACUUUGAAUCUUACAAAAUCUUCUUCGAGACAGUAAUCAACUUUGGUUUCACCCAAGACCAAACAUACUUACCAGCAUUUUUAAGAAUUUUAACUGAGGUGAUGAACUCAGGUAUUGAUUACGAUAUCCAAGUUGCUGUUGAGUUGCUCGUUUCUUAUGCUGUUGCUUUGAAGGACAUACCAUUGUUUGAUAAAUUCUGUGAUGUUGCUGUGGACGAAGAAAUUGGUUUGGAAGAUUCUGUUGUGGUGAAGAUGUUUACUGCCAGUUUGUAUUCUAAGCCUUUAGAAACUCUACAAAUCUGUGAGAGCAAGGGUGUGACGUUGGGUAUGUUGAAUAAAUGGAUUUCUACCAAUUCCAGAACAGUGUUCUCUAUAAAGGUACAGAUGCUUGGUAUAAUGUCUAUGUUCCAGCUACCUGAACUUCCAAGUUGUGCGAACGGAUUUGUUAAACCAUUAACUAACAAAUUAGUCAAGUUAGCGCAAGACUUGCCAGAAGCUAUGAAAAGACGUGCCAAGAUCGAAAAUGGAGAAUAUGAAGAUGAUGAAGCUGAUGAUAAUGAGGGUUUGGAAUUCUACGAAGAGAUGGAUGAUGAUUUCAACGACUCGCCGUUGGACGACGUUGAUGUGUUCAAACAAUUGCACAACUUCUUUGUCACCUUGCAACAAUACAAUCCUGAUAGAUACCAAGCUGUCAUGCAAUCAUUAGAUUCAGAGGCACAAGACACGUUGAAGACAAUACUUGAAUUCGUGGCUUACAAUCCUCAAAGCUAA